AUAACCAAUGGAUAGUUUUGGUUGGGAUAGCUCACACAUGAUAACAAACACAUCCACCUUAUGGAGCAACCAUCAUCAACAUGAUCUUGAUCAAGAAAGCUUAUUGAUGUCCAAUAACUCGAGCUCCAGUGUUUUCAAUAUUCCAAUCCAAGAUCAUCAACUCCAACAAGUCCAAGAAUCUCACAAAAUGAUGAAGUCAAAUACCCAAAGUCCACCGAGUAAUGCUGAAAUGGCUCAGCAACAUUGGGGUUGUAAAAAUUUGGCCGCUGAGCAAUUGUGUCAGGCCCCUUUUAUGAUCAAUAGGACUUAUUCAAUGAACUCACUGAUCAGCAGUGCUUUCAUGGCUGAUGAUCAUCAUGUCGAGGCUCGGCCAGCAUCAACGGCAACAUGUUCCAUUGAGUCUCUGGAUUGCUUGCUCUCUGCUACUAAUAGCAACACUGCAGAAGACACUACAUCUCUAAAUCAAGAUGAUGCAAUUAAUUCUACGAUUUUUCCAGAUUGUCGAAGAUCAAACUUAUGGAACUUCGGAACAGGAAGUGCUACUACUGCAGUCUCAUCCGGGGAGACUGAGACCGCUAACAACACCUCAAGACCAAAUAGAGAAACUCAAAGUUUCAAUAAGAGAACCCGCAACAAUGAGCAAAGUGAUCCGCUCAAGUUUUAUGCAGAAAAUUAUAGUCAACACUUUGAUCUUCUUCAAACAGAUUCUUCAACUACUGCUACAGAAGGUGGUGGGUUUAGGCUCAUCUCUGAAAACCCACCAAAGGCAAAGAAGAUCAAAUCCUCAUCAGAUCAGAAGUCCACUGCUCCAAGCACAACCAACAUCAACUUUCAACAACCAACUUCAUCAUCACUAUCAGGUUCCUCCACUGAUCAAGAACCUGAUCCAGAGGUCAUUGCACAGAUGAAGGAGAUGAUUUACCGCGCCGCGGCUUUCAGGCCAGUCAAUUUGGGCAUAGAGAUGGUGGAGCGGCCCAAGAGGAAGAAUGUGAAGAUCUCGUCUGAUCCACAGACGGUGGCUGCAAGGCAAAGGAGGGAGAGGAUCAGUGAGAGAAUUAGGGUUUUGCAGAAGCUGGUUCCUGGUGGAAGCAAGAUGGACACUGCUUCUAUGCUCGAUGAGGCUGCAAAUUACCUCAAGUUCCUCAGGUCACAAGUCAAGGCUUUAGAGAAUUUGGGCCAAAAGAUCGAUUCCAUGAGUAAUUGUCUUCCUCCUACAAGCUUUGCUUUCUCUUUCAAUCCUUCCUUUCCCAUGCAGACCCACCAUGUCCCACUCCACCUUAACGCUAAUCAUAAUAUCCAUCAACCCCCAAACUAGUCCCAAAAAAAAUAGAAGGAAAAAAAAUAGAAGCCCUAACCCAAAAGACCUUUAAUCAUUCCCAUAAUCAUCAUCAUUUCAUCGACAAUGAUCAACCUCCCAAAAGCCAAUUUAACCCAAAUCAUUCUCUUCAUCAUUACAUCUUGAUUUCUAAUCCAGGGUUUUUAAGUCUCAUUCCAUGCCAUCAUAACACCCA